CGCGGGCUGCGCUGGCGGCGGGCGGAGCCGCUCUUGGCCUUUUUUAGGCGUCUCCCUGCUCCGCGCCCCCAGACCUGCUGGCGGGCGCUCGGCGGGCUCCGCGGCGGCAGGGAGUCCGGAGACGACCCCGGUUCAGCGCGCGGCCACCAUGACGGGAAGCAACAUGUCCAGCGCCUUGGCCAAUGCGGUGUGCCAGCGCUGCCAGGCGCGCUUCGCCCCCGCAGAGCGGAUCGUCAACAGCAACGGAGAGCUGUACCAUGAGCACUGCUUCGUGUGUGCCCAGUGCUUCCGGCCGUUCCCCGAGGGGCUCUUCUACGAGUUCGAAGGCCGGAAGUACUGUGAACACGACUUCCAAAUGCUGUUUGCUCCGUGCUGCGGAUCCUGUGGUGAGUUCAUCAUCGGCCGUGUCAUCAAGGCCAUGAACAACAGCUGGCACCCGGGGUGCUUCCGCUGUGAGCUGUGUGACGUGGAGCUGGCUGACCUGGGCUUUGUGAAGAACGCGGGCAGGCACCUGUGCCGGCCCUGCCACAACCGUGAGAAGGCCAAGGGCCUAGGCAAGUACAUCUGUCAGCGGUGCCACCUGGUCAUCGACGAGCAGCCCCUCAUGUUCAGGAAUGAUGCGUACCACGCGGACCACUUCAGCUGCACCCACUGUGGGAAGGAGCUGACUGCUGAGGCCCGCGAGCUGAAGGGUGAGCUCUACUGCCUGCCCUGCCAUGACAAGAUGGGCGUCCCCAUCUGUGGGGCCUGCCGCCGGCCCAUCGAGGGCCGUGUGGUCAACGCGCUGGGCAAGCAGUGGCAUGUGGAGCACUUUGUCUGUGCCAAGUGUGAGAAGCCAUUCCUGGGUCACCGGCACUAUGAGAAGAAGGGCCUGGCUUACUGCGAGACCCACUACAACCAGCUCUUUGGGGAUGUCUGCUACAACUGCAGCCGUGUGAUUGAGGGCGACGUGGUGUCAGCCCUCAACAAGGCCUGGUGUGUGAACUGCUUCUCCUGUUCCGCCUGCGGCGGCAAGCUCACCCUGAAGAACAAGUUUGUGGAGUUCGACAUGAAGCCCGUGUGUAAGAGAUGCUACGAGAAGUUCCCGCUGGAGCUGAAGAAGCGGCUGAAGAAGCUGUCGGAGCUGGCCGCCCGCAAGGCCCACCCCAAGGCUGUGGGCCUCAACUCUGCCUGAGAGGCCCCCUGCCUGCCCUCCUGCCUCUCCCUCCCUGCUUGUCUUCCUGCUCCUGGUGCCCCCUUCUGUUUACUGCC